AUGGAAACUCUCGACUUCAAGUCCCAAGAAAGGGAACAUCUCAUAUACUCUAUUGAUCAAAUCCUUUGCCUCAAAAUCACCCUCGACGAUUCUUCCUCUCAUCACCAAACAGAGGUUCUAGUGAGGGUUGAGAAAUUUGAACCAGAAUGGACAUUCUCCUGUGGUAUGCUGGUGGAAAUUCUUCCCGACUCAGCACGGCAACUAGGCCUAGACGAAGGAACACAGGCAUUUCUCAAGCUCUUUGAUCGAAGAUUUGCACGCUCCCUCCGCAAGUGGGAAAGGGUCGGUCCAUGGACAGCUAAUAUCGAGGAUGAAUUUCUGCACAAGCUCAAAUCAGGAGAUCUUCAGGAUUUUCUUGGUAGGCUUCACGCCGAGGAAGACUCCGAAGAAGAUGACGACGAGGACGACUGGGAUGCAUCUGAGAACGAGGCUUGGCUUGCCGAUAUGAUGCUCAACUACUUUCGGGCUGAAGUUGCAACAUAUUCUGCUCUGCAAAAGCACCAGGGAGACUUGAUUCCACGUCUUUUUGCCCAAGUUACUCUCCAAGUGGUCCAACCGAGCACCUCUCUCGACGAGCAGCAGCAGGAUACAUGUCUAGUGAAGGGCAUCUUGAUCGAAUAUCUGAAAGGCUUCACCCUAUCUUCCCUCAAAUCAUCUGCUCCACGUUCCUCAUGGCAGAACAUUGUAGAUCAAGGAAUUCGAAUAACUCAUGUCCUUGGCGACAACAAUAUUCUCAACUCCGACGUUCGGCCCGACAAUAUGAUGGUCGUUCGUCAAGGCAAGGAGGAGUACCGAGUCUGCAUGAUCGAUUUCGGCCACUGCAGGAUGCGCCGAGAAGACGAGUCUGAUCAUGAUUGGGGGCGAGCAAAGUGGUGUCAGGACGAGGAGGGUGCCAUUGGGGUGGUUAUGAGGGGGGCUCUAGCCAAAGUUGGAUUUCAGCUUCACUACGAAAACUCGGGGAGAUAUCUAGAAUGGGCACCCGGUGAGGAUGAUCAGUAG